UCCUGCUGCGGCUGAUACGGCAGGUCGAACGCUGCCCGUUGUUGGCCGCCUUUCGCCAGAGCCUCCGUCGGGCUGGCGCCCCGGAGCAGCUGGAAGCGGCCGCGUGGAAAGAUCCGGACGAGGUCUUCAGCAGAUCAGGGGUCUCCAACCUUAGUAACUUUAAGGUUUGUGGACCAACUCCCAGAGUUCCGGCAAAGCAGGCAGAGUCAGUCGCUAGCUGAUGCAACUGAUUACAGUAGCUGAAGAAAAGCAUGUAAAGUAAAACGGCCCGAAAGGAGAAAUAAUUAUAGAACGGUGCUGCUGCCCUGUUGGACCUGCCACCCCCCACAAAGCCUCUGCUGAUCGUGGUAGAUGCGUUGGAUGCGGCCAAGAGAGACUGCCAGGAAGAGGAGGAAAGGGGCCCCACUGCAGGGCCCAGCAAGUCCACUACCCAACUUCUGGGAAGCCACCUGCGGCUGCUUCCACCCUGGCUGCUCCUGGUCUGCAGCGUCCGCUCUCACAGCCAGAGGUUGCUGCGCCUCUUUCCUGGUCAUCGAGGAGCGCUUCGGGCCCACCGUGGUGCCGGUGCCUUUCCUGGAAGACGCCGCCUCCUAUGACCUCCUGACGGUGCUGAUCAAGAAGGCACAGCUGGGGCAGACCCUCCUGCGCAGGCAGAGCUGCCUGGUGCCCAUCGGGCCUCUGGAAAGCCUGCUGCCUGGUGGGCCUGCCCCAAGGGAGCUGACCCACUGCACCCGCGAGUACAGCGCCCGAGUGAGGGGCGAGUCCCGCUACGAGGAGACACGGCUGGUGGACGGUGCCCUGCGCCACAUCCGCCUUUGCAUGGUCGGUGUCCAUAAGAAGGUGGCCUUUUUGGCCCUGCGUCCUGGGACAGUAGCCCUGCGCCCCGACCUGCCCUGGCUGCGCUCCCAGAGCAGCCUCUACGUGGUGCAUGAGGUCUUCUAUGCUGGCAGCCUCUCACUGGCUGUCACCCAGGAGGCUGAGUACCGGCACUUCGUCCAGGAGCAGCCCCUCCCUGUGGCCUUCUCCUGCCUCAAGUUCGCCCUCAGCCAUAAAGGCGUGCUGGGCUCCCAGAAACCUAUGGGUCACAGCUUGCCCGCCAGGGCAGCCUGGGUGAGGAUGGCCAUGCUGGAGGCCUCUCCCCCAGCCAGGACUCUGGAGGCCCCCCUGCCCAGAGAGAGCAUGGCCCUGCGCAAGCGAUGGAGGGCCUUGGGCAGGCCUCUGCGGACAAUGACAGGGAAAUGGCCCUUCAAGCAGCGACGGCCCAAAAUGGGGUUCUCCUGCAGCAGCCUGGCUGAUCCCGAGAGGCACUGCAUGUCCCUGCCCCUCCUGCAGAGCAUCGCGGCCGCCGAGAGCGACACGGAAGAGUGACCAGGAUGGCAGCCCCCCCCCCAGCAAUAAAUUGCCUUUUUUCGCAUGUAGCAAUGCCCAGACUCUGGCCUGGCUGUGGGGGGGAGGGGGCUGUUCUCCAGACAGGCAGGGGUUUUUUUCUUCAAGGGGGGACAGCGGGGCCUCUCCAGCUCCCAGAGGACAAGGAAACCCAGCCCUGUGAUGGGUCCCAUCAUGGAUCCUUGGCAACCUGCAUUGCAGUGGAGGGGCCUUCCACAGCACGGCUGCCCAAAGCCUUGUUGGGGAACUUGAGGUGCACCCCACUAGGAAAUGAAGAGUCCCCCCAAAGGAGCAAGAGGGUCCCUGCCUUGGCUUAAGAUGCCCCUCCCAGAGGUCUGGAGGCAGAGACAGGGAGAAGGGCCGGAGAGAGUGCUGGCCAUGGAGACCUCCUCACCCAAGGCCCACAUCUGAAUGGGCCAGGGGCGGCCCCUCCUCAGACACACCGCAGAGGGAAGAGGCAGCUUCUUUAUAUAUAUAUAAAUAUAUAUAUAUAUAUAUAUAUAU